AUGGCCUCGAUUGGGGGUGCCCCCACGACCCAGCUCCACGGCCAGGACCUUGGGUUCGACAGGGCCUUCGACAUCAACGACCCGUGCUUCUCCACCGACCAGUUCAGGAUGUACGAGUUCAAGGAAGGGUCCUGCGUGCGAGGGGACGCCUGCCCGUACGCCCACGGCAUCUUCGAGUGCUGGCUGCACCCCACGCGCUACCGUACCCAGAUGUGCACCGACGGCCCCCGCUGCCAGCGCCGCGUCUGCUUCUUCGCUCACCUGGAGGGCGAGGUGAGGCUGCCGGAAGGCAACGCGCCGCUGCUGAGCGCGGAGCUCCAGUCCUCGCUGGCCGCGGGUGCGCAUUGUUUGGAGGGGGUGCCUUUGCACAUCUCAUCAGGUUCCCUGGGGGUGUGCGCUGCUCGUGAGUGUGCCUGUCAGGCCGAUGCUCCCUGGUGUGCGCCCCGUAAUCCAAAUCCCAUGGUGCCCCUGUCUCCACACCCUGCCCCGCCCACCUUGUCCUUCCUCUCCUGCGCCUGUGCGCAGAGGCACUGGCGCUCCAGAGCGCCCGUCUGA